GUGCGCAGCCGCGGGCCGAAGCGCGGGCCGGGACAGCGGGCAGGCGCGAGCCCGCUGCGGCCUGGGACGUCCGGGCGGGUGCCGUGGCGCGCCGCGGUCUGCCGUGGUGAAGUUGCUUUUCCUGAAGCUGUCAUUUUCCCUUCCGGGCCACUCGGCGUGGCACAUGUUCGCCGCCCACAAAGGGGAGCGGAUCGCGCAGGUUGGCUCGGGAGGAGGCCCGCUUGGACUCUCGACGGGCUCUGCAGGGAACUUUGAACUCUCUGGAGCCUCCUGCAACUUGCUCUCGCAACUUCAAGCGAGCACAGGUUGGACGGACCCACUGUGCUCCAAGAGUCCCGGGUCGCUUAGGAAGUGUGACCUCCUCGCCUCUUGGACUGUGAGCUUAGAGAUGCCAUUUCUUUAGUGUAAAGUAGCCAGGCGAUUGUAGUGCUAGAAGGAAAUUAAACUAAGACCUAUAGUCUCGCCCCUACUAGAUACUUAGUUUCCCGUAUACUUUUGACAGCUGAGUUUACCGGGCACAAUAGCUGUUUCAAAUGAGCUUUUUCUUGGCACUUAUUAACAAGAGUAAUCUUCAGACCCAUUUGAGGGUAGUAGAAGAAGGCAUUUGUUUCUUCUUCAUCACAUUACCUAUCCCAAGGCAGAGGUUGAGAUUCUCUGUCCCUAGGCUAGUUCCCAUUUCCCAGCCCCCUGAGAGGAGAAUGCGAAUGAUCUGAACACGUUUGAAGCCAGCCAGUUCUGGAACCAAUCAAUAUGUCCCCAAAGCUGAAACUCCUCUCUAGUCGUAGAUGGGGAAUGCUCAAACAUUUUAAGAGCACUUCGGAUUUACUUCCUGAACACUCAGCAGAUCUGUGGGUCCUGAUGGAUGUGGCCGAGAGCCCUGAACUGGAUCCUCACUCCCCAGAGGAUGAAGAGCAGCCGGCACUCUCAGAUGAUGACAUUCUAAGAGAAAGUGGAUCUGAACAAGAUUUGGAUGGAGCUGGGGAAAGGGCGUCUGAUUUGGAGGAGGAGGAAAAUGCAACCAGGGUACAAAGCCAGGAGGAGACUCGCUCGGAUGAGGAAGACCGAGCCAGUGAGCCCAAGUCCCAAGAUCAGGACUCAGAGGCUCAUGAGCUGAGCAGGGGCCCAGCGGGAUCCCCAUGCGAGGAGGGGGAUGAUGUUGAGGAAGAUGGGACAAGUGACCUCAGGGACGAAGCCUCCUCGGUGACCCGGGAACUGGAUGAGCAUGAACUAGACUAUGAUGAGGAGGUCCCUGAGGAGCCAGCUCCUGCUGCCCAGGAGGAGGAGGCUGAGAAGGCUGGGGCUGAGGAGGAGGAGGAGAAGGGGGAAGGGGCUCCCGGAGAGGAAGGGAAGCCUGAUGUUCAAAGUGUGGGAGAACAAGAACCCACAGAAGCUGCCAAGGAGAAGAAGAAAGAGGAUGACGACGGGGAGAUCGAUGAUGGCGAGAUAGACGAUGAUGACUUGGAGGAAGGCGAGGUGAAGGACCCCAGUGACCGGAAGGUGAGGCCUCGCCCCACCUGCCGAUUCUUCAUGAAAGGAAACUGCACGUGGGGAAUGAGCUGUAGGUUUAUCCACCCUGGAGUGAAUGACAAAGGCAACUACUCCCUCAUCACCAAAGCGGAACCUUUUCCACCCAACGGUGCCCCGCCUCUUGGACCUCACCCACUGAUGCCUGCCAACCCUUGGGGUGGGCCAGUGGUUGAUGAAAUUUUGCCUCCACCCCCUCCAGAGCCCCCAACAGAGAGCGCCUGGGAACGUGGACUCCGACAUGCAAAAGAGGUUUUAAAAAAAGCAACCAUUCGGAAAGAGCAGGAGCCCGACUUUGAAGAAAAAAGGUUCACAGUAACCAUUGGUGAAGACGACCGGGAGUUUGACAAGGAGAAUGAAGUCUUCCGAGAUUGGAAUUCUCGAGUCCCGAGAGAUGUCAGAGACACAACACUUGAGCCUUAUGCAGACCCUUAUUAUGACUAUGAGAUAGAACGGUUUUGGCGUGGUGGACAGUACGAGAAUUUCAGGGUGCAGUAUACAGAAGCAGAACCGUAUCAUAACUAUCGCGAACGAGAGAGGGAACGAGAGCGAGAAAACAGACAACGAGAACGCGAGCGGGAACGAGAGCGUGACCGAGAGCGGGAGCGCAGGCAGAGAGAGCGGGAGCGAGAACGGGAACGAGAGCGGGACAAGGAGCGGCAGCGGAGGAAAGAGGAGUGGGAGAGAGAGAGAGCCAAGCGAGACGAGAAGGACCGGCAACACCGAGACCGAGACAGGGACAAGGACCGGGAGAAGGACAAGGAGAAGCCGAAGCCCAGGUCCCCACAGCCACCGAGCCGUCAAGCUGAACCACCAAAGAAGGAGAGCACCUCUGUGGGGCCCCAGGUGAAGCGAGCCGAUGAGUGGAAGGACCCCUGGCGCCGAUCCAAGUCUCCCAAGAAGAAGCUUGGCGUGUCCGUCUCCCCAAGCCGGGCACGAAGACGUCGCAAAACCUCCGCCUCCUCAGCCUCUGCUUCCAAUUCCUCCAGGUCAUCGUCACGGUCUUCAUCCUACUCUGGCUCUGGCUCGUCCCGCUCCCGCUCCCGCUCCUCCUCCUACAGCUCCUAUUCUAGCCGCUCUUCCAGACACAGCUCGUUCUCAGGCAGCCGAUCCAGGUCCCGGUCCUUCUCCUCGUCCCCAUCCCCGUCUCCCACACCUUCCCCACACAGACCUCCAGUCAGAACCAAGGGGGAGCCGGCCCCACCUCCUGGGAAAGCAGGGGAGAAGUCAAUAAAGAAGCCAGCCCCUCCCCCAGCCCCACCACAGGCCACCAAAACUACUGCUCCUGGUCCUGAGCCUGCCAAACCUGGAGAUCUCCGAGAAGCCAGGAGAAAGGAGCGGCAAACCAGGACUCCCCCAAGGAGGCGGACGCUCAGCGGCAGUGGUAGCGGCAGUGGUAGCAGCUACAGUGGCUCCAGUUCCCGAUCCAGGUCUCUGAGUGUGAGCAGCGUUUCCUCAGUGUCCAGCGCCACCUCGAGUAGCAGCUCAGUGCACAGUGUGGACUCAGAUGACAUGUAUGCAGACCUGGCCAGUCCUGUGUCCUCAGCCAGCUCUCGAUCCCCAACUCCUGCCCAGACCAAGAAGGAGAGAGGGAAAUCCAAGAAAGAAGACGGAGUGAGAGAGGAAAAGCGGAGGCGGGACCCAUCCGCGCAGCCGCCCAAGUCCUCUAAAGCUCCAGCGGGUGGGAAGGCCUCCCAGCAGGCAGCGGCGCCUCAGCCGGCGGUCCCCGGGCAGCCCCAACAGGGCUCCUUUGUUGCCCACAAGGAGAUAAAGCUGACACUGCUGAACAAGGCGGCUGAUAAAGGAAGCCGGAAGCGCUAUGAGCCAUCAGACAAGGACCGGCAGAGCCCUCCUGCCAAGAAGGCCAACUUGUCCCCAGACCGAGGUUCUCGAGACCGGAAAUCAGGUGGAAGAAUGGGCUCCCCAAAACCAGAGAGGCAGAGAGGCCAGAACGCUAAAGCUCCUGCUGCCCCAGCGGACAGGAAGCGUCCACUGUCACCCCAGUCUAAGGGCUCCAGCAAGGUCACCAGCGUGCCUGGCAAAGCCACAGAUACUGCCACAGCAGGCACCAAGUCAGGGAAGGCCAGCACAUUGUCACGGCGAGAGGAGCUCCUUAAACAGCUCAAAGCGGUUGAGGACGCCAUCGCUCGCAAGCGGGCCAAGAUCCCCGGGAAAGUGUAGUGGCCCAGCUCACUCCUGGAGUAGACUCUUCAUGUUUUUAUAAAGAGUAGGGUAAGCGCAGCCAUUUUGGAUUUUCCAGUCAAUGUCUUAUUUUGGCUGUGAUUCUUUUUAAAAAUUAAAAAAGAAAAAAAAAGUUUCUCAGCUGGAAAAGAAGCCACACACAAGAUGAAGAUGAGGCUGAGUCCCAACCUCCCCACCAGACUGAACCAGCUUCUUCCAGAAUAGAGUCUCCAUGGACAGACGGACAGAUCAGCACUGAACAGGGGACACCAACUCUGUGUAACUUAAGAGCUUCAGGCACGCAGGGGCUGGCCUCACCCUUCUGCCUCCGUCCUCACUUCUCCCAGGUGACCUCCUGGGCUGCAGUUUUCAGCAGCUUCCUCUGGGGACAGGAAAGCCGAACACUUCUGGACUACAGGCACCAUCCCUCCCUCCCUGGAUCAGAAGUAUAUAUAUACUUGCCUAAAGAAGAAUAUAUAUAUAUAUUCUUGCCUAAAGUCUGAUUGGGAAACAUUUCCUGUCUUUUAUUUUAAGCAUCAAAUUGUUUUAGUUGAUUAAAAAGGAAAAAAACAGAAAAGACAAAAAAAUAAUAAUAAUAAUAAAGGCCAGGGGUAUUGUUGGGGUGUCUGUCCAAUGUGGAGGGUCUUUUUUGAGCUAUCUCCUAAAAUAAAAUAUUUUGAUAAGCA